AUGGGCUCGGCAGCGGCAGCGGCGGGACAGGGUCUCCUGGCUUUCGCCAAAGAAUUACCCUGGGUCGCGCCAAUCGCAUUCCUCAUCGCGGGAGUUGUCCAAGCUUCGGCGGAAGUGCACUCGCUCAAGGCCGACGCGAAGGUGUUCUGCAAGAACGUGCAGAGCUGCGAGGCCAUCCUGACGGAGGCCGCGACCAAGGGACAUCUCGAGCACGUCCGGGAAUCCGUCGAGGCUCUCCAGUACACGAUGGAGGAGGGACUCGCGUUCUGCCAACGGCUCAGGAUGCAGUACUUCAUCACGCAGCUCAUCAUGAGCGGCAGAGACACCGCCAAGUUCAGGGAGAUCUCCAACAGCCUCCACAGGCAGGUGUCCGUCAUCGCCGCCGCGGCGUCCAUCAACGCCCAAUCCGUCAUCGUCGACGACUUCCAGCAGGGCGAGCAGCUCAGGGCAAAGUUGGAGGAGCUCGGCGGCGCGGCGGCGGUCGCGGCGGACCCGGACAAGAUGGCGGAGUGCACCUCUUUCCUGAAGGCAUCCGACGAGCUCAUGCUCGGAGCCAUCAACAGCGUCGAGGCUGCCGUGCGGACCGAGGCUGAGAAGAACCGGCGCGAGAUGGAGCACAUGAAGGAACAGCUGCUGGAGUCGCAGAAGCAGCAGACCAAGGUGCUGGAGGACCAGGUGAGCAAGCUGACCACCAUGAUGGAGGCGUUGCUGAUGGCCCGCGCGGGACCCGGGGUUGACUUCUCGCAGCCGUCCGGCGUUCCAGUCGCAGCGCCGCCGCCAGCCCCGGCUCCCGCCCCCGAGGCAGCCCCCGAGCCCGUGGCAGCCCCCGAGCCCGAGGCAGCCCCCGAGCCCGAGGUAGCCCCUGAGCCCGAGGCAGCCCCCGAGGCAGCCCCCGAGGCAGCCCCCGAGGCAGAGGCACAGGUAACCGAGGCGCCCGCUCCGCUGACGCCUGAGGCGGUCUCCGCAAAGUUCGAGGAGGUGGUAAACGCCGACCAGAUCAGGGACCUGAUGAAGCACCUGCCCGUUUACGAUAACGAGGCGGAGCGUCUCGUGGCCGUCAAAGAGGCGGGCCUGGAGACUGCGGACGUCACCGACAUCAUCGGCGCCGAUGAGCUCACCUCCAUCACAAAGGAUGCCAUGGACGAGUUUGGAGUCUGUACGGCGUACAUUGGAUCCAUCGACGCCACCAGGCAGACGUACCAGUCGUGGCGGCAGAAGCACCUCGACGGGAGCGUCCACGACCACGCGGGAUUGUGGCUUCCCAACAAAUUCGGCUUUUGCAAGCACACCGUCAAGAAGAACGACGUGCUGCAGGCCAACGGGAGCCUCGCGGAGAACACCUUGGAGGGCAUGCCGAUGCUCUCGGCAGAGGAGAUGCAGGCAAUGGCGAUGGCGGGUGAUAAGGAGAUGGGCCGCAUCUUUGGGGACGUCACGCAGAUGAUGAGCGACCCCGAGGGUAAGAUAUCAGACGAGCAGCUCACCCAGGAGGACUGGAGCCCUCACGGCGAGAAGGGCAUGACGUACGGCAAGACGCGUGGGUUCUUCCAGCACACCAUGGGGCACAUGAUGCCGCAGACGCAUUACUCCGGCGUUCCCAUCAAGGUAAACGGGGAGACCGUCGCGACGUUUUGCGUCGUCGACGGCAAGCACCGCCACGAUAUCAACGCGGACCGCAUGAAGGAAUACGCUGCGCGCGCACAGAAGGUCAUGGAGGAGCGUGCCGUGGCUCGCAAGGUUGCGCAGGCUGCCUAAUAA